AUGAUCUAUAUUGAUCAUAAGGGUAAUAUCAAAGUCCAAGAAUCUCGAUCUGUUCAGGAGCGAGGUCCUAGUGUGUUCACUCCGGAGGUCCAGCAGAAUUUCCUCCAGAUUCUGGGCGAAUCUAUUGGCUGUCACCAGCCCAUUCAGGCAAAACACAGUCGAUCGAAAAGUCCUAAGAGAAAUGGAUCCAUGACGCCCCUUUCUGAUAGGCAUUCGGCUGAACAUGAUUCCGACACCCAGGACCUCAGUGGUUCCGUUGACAUGAAGUUCAGAAUUGGAGAUACUCAGAAUGUCAUAGCUUACUAUGAACGCGCUUUUUACGAAUUUCAACAGUUGAACUGCCGCACGAUUGCCAAGGCAUUUAUCUGUGCUAUUGAGCCACGUAAGCAAUCCAAAUAUCCAUAUAGCGGGAAGCCACCGGGGUCCGCUCCUGGCACUAGGUGCGACCCAGAAAAGACUAAGCCUGAGUGGUGGCCCUCGGAUGUUCAGCAUAAGGAGCCUGAUCAUAUAAUGAAAGAAGACCGUGUCCAGCUGCUGGUUCACAUUCUCUGUCGACUCGGUAGCUAUGGUAUUACGGCCGAUAAGUUAGAGGAAGUAGCCAGAGCCACUAGGCGGAAAUUUCAGGACCAAAGCCGCGCCGAGGUAAUCUUUGAGAUUCUUUGGGUUCGAAAGUUGGAGGAACGAUUUGAGCAAUCCGAUAUUCACGUGAUUGUUGACAUCAAGAAUCUUACCUGGAAAGAGAUAAGUCCGCCGGCGCAGACUCCACCGCACCCCGAGCAAGGACAAAUGGCACCGGAGCCUAUCGAGCAAGAAUAUACUCCUCUGACCACACCAACCGAGGAUCUGCCUUCGGCCUCGAUCUGUUCUCUCCCGGGCAGUCUUAGCCAUCCCACCAUGCGACCCCAAUACACCAACUUGUCACCACAGUCCAGAGUGAACACUGCCACGACUGCAGAAAUGAUCAGUACACAUAGAAGUCCUGUCUUCAACUACUCCGCUCGGGAUUCUUUCCCAGCGUCCGCUAGUUCUGAUCGCCACACUGGGCCUCUAUACCACUAUGCCUCCUGGCUUAAUACACGCAUCCAGCAAGACAGCGCCAGCCAAGCGAACUGCGGCGCCCCGGCAACCACUCAAGGGUAA